UGAAAGAAGGAAGUUCAUGAUGCAACGCUCCUUAUGAAAGCAACAUAUAUAUCCUUGCUUUCUCUCUGAACUGCCACAGCUUCUCUUCACUACAACCUUGUUGAGCCUGUAAGAAGAGACGUACUUGAUGAUGAAAGAUCGACAGAUGGACACAUAGGGAACUUUCAUACCUGGAAGGAAAAGGGACUGGAUUGCUAUCAAGAUUAGAGACAGAGAAGAAAUGACAAACAAAAAGCUGGAAAAAUACAGGAUUUAUUUCUGUGCAUUUAUAUAAAAAACGAAAAAUCAGUAUGGUGCCCAACAUAGGAUUUGCUCACAUGAGUUGCCUCACAGUGUUUUGCUCUGUUUUCUUUAUUACUUUUGCAAAUAAUCAGGGACGAAAUGGGACAUCAGCUGAAAAUUUAUCCUGUGUCAUUCACACAGUUCAUGUUACCUCAAUGGAUUGCACUUGGGACACUGGCAGGAAUGUUCCUAAAGACGUCCAGUAUUUUCUAUACUUGAUAUAUCACAAAAAUGAUGGAGAAGAGACGGAAUGCCCCCAGUACAAAAAUAAUGAACUUGGAAGACAUGUUGGAUGCCAUUUUCCUAAUGUGAAAGUUCCUGAUAAUCAUAUUACCCUCAGAGUGAAUGGAUCAAGCGAAGAAUCACUGGUUCAGCCUUUGGAUUGGCAAUUCUGGCCUUUCGAUCAUGAAAAACUUACUCCACCACAAAAUAUCACUUGGAAUUGUGAUGAACAGCCGUGGGGGUGCAAAGUACAAUGGAAACCCCCUCCAUGUGCCUUUAAAGAUAAUGCAGACUACUGCUUUAAGUACGAAAUAAGGGAUGAAAUCAGAGGCCAAAUUUCACCAUUAACAGGACAAACCCACCAAAAUUACACAGUACGUGGGAAAUACUCAUUGAGGCUCCGUGCAGCUGGACAGUAUUGUCCCAUUGGGACACAGUGGAGUGACUGGAGUAAACCAAUUGUGUUUGGUGCUGACCCCAAUCCAUUUCCUACAGUAAUAUUAAUAGUUGUAGUAAUUGGGACUGUCAUAACAAUCUUGCUCCUGAUUUUGAUCUGGAAAAGAUUCCACAUAUGGAGAUGCCUCACUUUUCCAGUUCCACAACCAAAAGAUGUUCUUUGGCAAUAUGAGAAUGCGAAAACAUGGGUAGACCAGAUGCCAGCAGCAGAUGAAAAAAUAACAGUGGUUGAAGAAAUGAACUGUGAAUUGCAAAAACAAUGACAGAUUUUUCACCAGCCAGCCUGCUACCCCAAAUAAAUUAGGGAAAUUCUAUUAUUUUGGUGCUUCCUUUCGUCUCAGCUGCAAUUGCAUGUAUACAAGUACAAAAGCUGCUACUCAAGACAAUGCCAGGGAUAGGUUUCCUCUGCAAGUAACAGCUAGAGAAAGCAGCUUGUGUG